UCCUGCGGCGGACGGCAAGCGCGUGCGGGAACGAUGGCGCGUGAGGGUGGUGGGCUGUUCGCCGGUUUCCGCGUGCUUGGCCGUUUCAGCGGCCACGUCCCACACGUCCUGCGCUACCACGGCCGCCACCGCGAGUUCUACCUGGCCACCGCCGUCGGGUGCAGCAUCCACACCUACAAUGUGAAGAAGCUUGGUAUUGUUGCUGUGAGUAAUGCUUUGCCACAAGACAUUACAUGUUUGGCAGCAGACCGCAUGUUGAUAUUUGCUUCAUACGACAAUAUUCUCCAUGCUUUUGCCAGGAACAAAGAGGUGGUUCAUACCUAUGAAGGUCACAAGGCAAGGAUACACCUUCUGCAGCCUUUUGGUGAUCAUGUCAUCUCUGUGGAUGUUGAUAAUGUUCUUAUUGUUUGGGAUAUACAGUCAGAAGAGGAAUAUCUUCAAGUGGAUUUUGAUAAGGCCACUUUUGCAGUUUCUGCAGUUCUGCAUCCCAGCACCUAUUUGAAUAAAAUUCUCCUUGGGAGUGAACAAGGGAGCUUGCAGCUAUGGAAUAUAAGAUCCAACAAACUCUUAUACUCGUUUCCAGGAUGGCAGUUAGCAGUCACAGCUCUUGAACAAGCUCCAGCAGUGGAUGUUGUUGCAGUCGGUCUUGUAUCUGGUCAUAUCAUUGUACAUAACAUUAAGUUUGAUGAAACUCUGAUGAAAUUUCAACAAGACUGGGGUCCCAUCACAGCAAUAUCUUUUCGUACAGAUGGACACCCAGUAAUGGCAGCUGGUAGCCCAAUUGGACACAUUGCUUUGUGGGAUCUAGAAGAGAAGAAACUAAUGUGUCAGAUGCAAGAUGCCCAUUCCACAGCAAUAGCUGGUAUGUCGUUUGUCCCUGGAGAGCCGCUUCUUAUAACUAAUGGUGCUGAUAACGCUAUACGGGUGUGGAUUUUUGAUGGACCUGGUGGUACAGGACGUGUAUUGAGAAGCCGAAUGGGACAUAGUGCACCACCAACAAAAAUCAGAUACCAUGGGCAAAAUGGAGAGCAAAUUCUUAGUGCAGGUCAAGAUGGAACAUUGCAGUCUUUUUCAACAGUGCAUGAAAAGUUCAAUAAAAGUUUAGGACGUGGUUCAAUUAACAAAAAGAAAUCAAAAAGGAAAGGUCUUAAGCUUGAUACGAUGGCACUUCCACCAAUUACAGUCUUUGCUUCAGAAGUGGCACAUCAGAGUGACUGGGAUAGUAUCGUUGCCUGCCAUCAGGGGUAUAUAACCUGUACAACCUGGAACUAUCAGAAAACUUCCAUGGGAGCUCAUAAACUGAGGCCAGAAGAAUUUAGUAAACACAAACCUAUUGAUAUGUAUGCAACAGCAGUUGACAUUACCUCAUGUGGGAACUUUGCUGUAAUUGGGCUGUCAACUGGACAGGUAGAUGUGUAUAACAUGCAGUCUGGCAUUCACAGAGGUCGUUAUGGCAAAGAAAGAGCACAUGAGGGGGCCAUUAGGGGGGUAGCAGUGGAUGGAUUAAACCAGCUGGUCAUUACAGCUGGUAGUGAAGGAUUAAUUAAAUUUUGGAAAUUCAAAACUAAAGAUCUAGUUUACUCCACUGAGCUUUCUUCUUCUCCAAGUGGAAUUCUGCUUCACAGAGACAGUGGUAUUCUGGGAAUUGCCUUUGAUGACUUCAGUGUUAGUGUUUUGGAUACAGAAACCAGGAAGAUUGUCAGGAUGUUCUCAGGACACCAUGGACGGAUUAAUGACAUGACUUUCAGUCCUGACGGUCGUUGGCUAAUAACUUCAUCAAUGGACUGUACCAUUAAGACUUGGGACCUUCCCUCUGGAUGCCUCAUAGAUUGUUUUUUGGUAGACUCCGCAGCUGUGAGCCUUACUAUGUCUCCUACAGGAGAUUUUCUAGCUUCCACACAUGUGGAUGACCUUGGAAUUUAUUUGUGGUCAAACCGUUCUCUGUAUUCACUUGUCUCUUUACGGCCCCUUCCGGCAGAUUAUGAACCUUCUGUAGAGACACUCCCUAGCACCUGCCCUGUGCAAGAUGUGGAUGUGACAGGAGCUGAAGAAACGUGUGAUGAAAUGAUAGAAUAUGUUUCACCUGAGCAAUUGGGAGAACAGCUGGUGACACUUUCCUCGUUACCGGAAUCAAGGUGGAAAAAUCUACUCAGUCUUGAUGUUAUCAAGAAAAAAAAUAAACCAAAAGAGCCACCAAAAGUUCCCAAGUCAGCCCCUUUCUUCAUCCCAACACUUCCUGGUCUUAUACCCCGCUACAUUGCUCCAGAGGAGGAAAAUGAUACACAGUCAAAGGUAGUAAACCUUGGAGUACUGGCACAGAAAUCUGAUUUCUACAUUCAUCUUGAAGAAGCCCUGAGCACGAAUGAAUAUACAGCUCCACUUAACUUACUGAAAAGCUUGGGACCAUCUAAUAUUGAGAUAGAACUAAGGGGUUUGGCUCCUGAAGGUGGUGGCUCAAUGGAGGUAAUGAUAAGCUUUUUGAAAAUGAUUGGGAGGAUGGUGAACAAGAAGUACAACUUUGAACUUGCUCAGGCGUACCUUGCGCUAUUUUUAAAGUUACAUCUUAAGAUUCUGUCAUCAGAACCAAACCUAUUGGAAGAAGUAUCCAGAUUGUUAACGCAACUUGAGGAAACUUGGAUUCAUUUGCAGACUCUCUUCAAUCAGAAUCUCUGUGUGUUAACAUAUAUGAAAAGUGCUUUGCUGUAAAAUACUAAGGGUUUUGUCUGCAUAAAAUUCCCUUGAAAUAAUAGUACAAUUUGUUACCAAAAAUACUAGAUUCCAAGAAUUAUACUGUGUGAUGCUAUAUUUUAUGCAUCUGUGUAUGGUACAGUAUUUUAGAACGUGCAUAACUGAGUAUUUUUAUUCACUUAACAUGUGCAACUUAAAUAUUCAUGUUGCAUUAGUUGUGCUAUCAAUGAACAGACAGUUGGACUGCUGUAAGUAAUGUAGCUAGUCAUCUUAUGCUUUCAUGACCAGAAGUGUAAAUCAGAAUGAAGAAAUUACUUGGAAAAAAAAAAGAAGUGGGAAUGUAAUUUCUGUGCAGGAGACCAAAACCUAUAUUGUGCUUAAUAAUUAUUGUUGACACAAAAAUAAAACAAAACGUCUGAAUUAUUAACAAUUUAUUAACAUCAGUUUAAAGCAAAAGAAUAUGAAGAUUGCAUUCCUCUGCAAUCAGAGUGCUUUUCUUAUAAAGUUAGUAAAAAUUGAUUUUCUUCUCAGUUUGGCAAGCCAUGUUCACUAUUUUGCCUCAGACAACUAUUUCUGAAAGCAAAGAUUUCUAGCUGCACUACAAAUGAUGGAACUUGAAAAAAAAAACACCAAAAUAAACCAAAAAACCCACCCAUUUUUUAUAACCAGUUUUCUUGCUCCAAUUUUGGAGGCUCAGUUUCUUAAGAAAAUUUGGAUUCUUUUCUUAAGGAGAUAAAGAUUACUGGAAUAAAAACUUUGAGUAGUAUGGAAUUUUUAAUUGAAUCAGAUGUUAUUUUUAUGAAUUGAUAUUUAGGUUUCAAAUAAUAAAGUUUGGUCAGAGUUUGG